GCGAUGAUGCUUUGACAAAGCCAGGAUUCCGGCCACCAGCACAAUCGUCGUUGCCGUUAUCAGCGAUGUCAGGCCCCUUUCCGGUUCAAGCUGGCACAUCUGCAGCAGCCGCACAGACUGUUGCAUCUUCUUCUUCGGGUCCAGCAGUGGUUGCUACACCACCGCAACAACCUGUUCCUACAAAGGGACAGCAUCAAGGUCAAUGGUAUCCCAAGACCCCAAUGAAACCGCCUCUUGCCUUCUCAGGCGAGAGGAAGGACGAGGAACUCAACACAUGGUUGAGGACAGUCCCGGUUUGGGUGAAGGCCAAAAGGACCUUGCCAGAGGAUGAAGUGGUAACUGCGGCAUCUUACCUAGAGGGUAAGGCAGCCAAACGGUUAGAUGGGGUAGUUGUGAAAGCCGGUGAUGAGUGCGAGGGUGCUUUCAAGAGAUUGAAGCAUGCACUCAUGAAUCAUGAAGUUCUCAUGGUUCCCGAUCCGCAAAAGCCAUUCAUAGUGACCACUGACGCAAGCCAAUACGGCAUUGGCGCAGUGUUGGCUCAGCAGGAUGGGAAAAAGUUGAGACCGAUUGAGUACAUGAGUAAGAAGAUGCCAUCGAAGAAGUUGGCUAAGUCCACUUACGAACAGGAACUCUAUGCUCUCUACAAGGCACUUGUCCAUUGGAGACACUUCCUUUUGGGAAGGUUAUUCUAUCUGAGGACUGAUCAUYAGACCCUCAAAUGGAUCAAGACUCAACCGGCUCUUUCUGAUGCACUCAAGCGAUGGAUUGARGUCAUAGACCAAUAUGACUUCAAGCUUGAGUACCUGAAGGGAGAGUACAACAAGGUUGCAGAUGCGCUAUCCCGUAGAGCAGACUACCUAGGUGCGCUAGUUUCUGAAUUUGGCGUAUCUAACGAAGUAACUCAAUCAUUGGUGGGAGCCUAUCAGGAAGACCUUGUCACGAUGGACAUGAUCCGCAAACUUCAGGCGAAAGACAAGGCCACAGAAAGUGAGUUUGUGAUGGUGGAUGGGCUAAUCUAUCUUGAUAAGGCCGGAGUAAAGAGAUUGAUAGUUCCAUCUAGUGAACAGUUGCAUAGUUUAUUUUUAGGCGAAUGUCAUGACGCAACUGGGCACUUUGGCUACAAGAAGACGAGUGCUAACUUAGUACAACGAUUUUGGUGGCCCAGAAUUUUAGAUGACGCAAAGAAGUAUGUUGAGACCUGUCAGGUCUGCCAGCAGGAUAAGCCGCGAACUCAAGCACCGCUUGGGUUAUUGAAGCCUUUACCUAUUCCUGAGGGUCCAGGAUUGAGUGUUUCCAUGGAUUUCAUGGACACUCUUGUGACCAGCAAGAGUGGUAAGAGGCACAUUUUCGUCAUCAUUGACCGAUUCACCAAGUACGCUAGACUAAUACCAAUGCCAGAGACAGCCAGGACAGAAUACGUCAUCAAGUUGUUCAAGGACAACUGGGUAAGGGACUUUGGUUUACCAAAGACCAUCGAUAGUGACCGAGACGUCCGAUUCACAAGUGAGCUGACUGCGGAACAGAUGGGCAGUCAACUUCAGAUGACUUCGGGAAAUCAUCCCGAAGCCAACGGACAGGCCGAACAAAUGAAUAGAGUGGUACAACACUUGUUGAGGCAUUACAUCAAGCCCAGCCAGGAUGACUGGGAUGAGCAGUUACCUCUCAUCGCCAGCUUGUACAACAAUGCUAUAGAUAGCAGUACCGACAUUAGUCCUAACCAGCUGCACUUAGGAUGGAAGCCUAGAUCAGCAUUAGACUUCCUCCUACCUGAAAACCGACCCGCCGCAACUCCAGGCACACUUGAAUACGGUGUGCAAUAUGAGAAGUUGCUGCAAGAUGCUGUUGAACAUAUGAAGAAAGCUCAGCAAGCCAUGAUUGCUUCUGAGAAUCAACAUCGCAGACAGUCCACAUUUCAGGUAGGGGAACGUGUCUGGGUCAAGGCUAGUGAGUUAGGACAGGAGUUCGGAAUAUCUCGCAAACUAAUGCCUCAGUACUUUGGUCCCUGGGAAGUCUUGGAUGUAGUGGGAGAUGGGUUGGAUGGUCCCACAUAUGUCAUUCGUGUCCCUGRACACCUACGCACUCACCCAGUMUUUCAUGCCUCAAAGCUUGCACCUUUCGCUGAGACUGAUCAAUUCCCUUCCAGGAGAUCGAUGCUGCCCCCAACCAUGGAUGGACAAGUCGACAUCGACGACAUUGUGGAUCACAGGGAUAUGCCUGUUCCGAAGCCGCUGGGUCGAGGAAGACCUCCUAAGCCCAAGAGGGAGUACCGGAUCAGAUUCAGGCAUCAUACGGAUCCUAAAGAAGAUCGGUGGUUCACCCGGGAGGAACUGAUGGAAACAGCUCCUCAGGUGGUGGCAGAUCAUAAACGGAAGCUAAAAGGGAAGGCACCUGCGAAGUAAGCAUCUCAGCGGACUUUCGAAGCUAAGGGGGAUGGRAUGUGAGGAUUGAGCCCUCAAGU